AUGUCGGUAACAAAUUUCAACGCAAUGGUCUCUGGAUUGUUCCAGUUGGGUAGCUCUUGUGAGUGGGUUAUCACCAAGAAAACUGGCAGGUCAUCAUCAGAAUCUGACUUACUGGCUGCUGCUGAAAGGGAAUCAAAGAUGGUAAACCAAUUGCAGGUCCACAGAGGAGCUUCUGAGAGUGAGCUUUCUGAGUUGAACCGAAUUAUGGAGCAAAAAGAAGUAGCUCUUAAGCCGAUUAAGAAAGCUAACAAGAUAUAUAGGAAAGAGCUUGCUCUAGCAUUCCUCCUGCUCACAGCUUCUGUCAGGAGUCUGUUAUCUGCUCAAGGAGUACACUUCUAUUUCCUGCUCUUCCAAGGUGUGACCAGGCCUUUCUUCUUGUAG